GGGCAGUCACCGGCGGAAGCUCGAGAACGCGGUUGUCAUUUCGAUGUCAUUUCGUUCUGCUGGUUGCCGUCACAAUGCUACGACGCCGAGCUGUCUCGCAUAUUCGAUGCUGAGAAUCAUCUGGAAUGGUUCCUCGACCCAAAUCGGACCCAGCCUGUCAGCCAUCAACAGAUCAUGACGGGGGAGUACACUGGUCUCUAUGUGAAUUGGAACUACCACCUGCGACACUGUACAGCUAUGUGGAGGAAGUUGCAUCGUGCAGUGCUUGGGAAGGACGGGAACGCCGCGAUUGAUGGUUAUAUUGGGGUAUACGAGCAUACACUGCAUUGCGAACAUAUGCUGCUGUCAGGCAGAGACACUGCGUUGGAAAUCAUCAACACUCGCAUUGCCGUGAAGUACCCAGACUGUGGGAUCUGA